AUGCCACUGGAAGCAGAGUUGGGAAGAGGUAUCAACACUAGGCAAUUUUUAAUAUACAAUGAAGAUCACAAGCGCUGCGUGGAAGCAUUAACUCCCAGUGCAGUUCAGACUGCAGUUUGCAACCAAGACAGCGAAGCUCAGAAAUUCCGAUGGGUGUCUGAAUCGCAGAUCAUGAGUGUUGCCUUUAAGUUAUGCUUAGGGGUGCCAUCAAAAACUGACUGGGUUCCUGUCACUCUGUAUGCCUGUGACUCCAGGAGUGAAUUUCAGAAAUGGGAGUGCAAAAACGACACGCUUUGGGGAAUCAAGGGAGAAGAUUUAUUUUUUAACUAUGGCAAUAGACAAGAAAAGAACAUCAUGCUUUACAAGGGAUCAGGUUUAUGGAGCAGAUGGAAAGUUUAUGGAACCACAGAUGAUUUAUGCUCUAGAGGUUAUGAAGCCAUGUACACACUCCUGGGCAAUGCCAAUGGGGCAACCUGUGCAUUUCCAUUCAAGUUUGAAAACAAGUGGUAUGCGGAUUGCACAACUGCUGGGCGGUCCGACGGAUGGCUCUGGUGUGGAACCACUACAGACUACGACAUGGAUAAGCUAUUUGGAUAUUGUCCAUUGAAAUUUGAGGGCAGUGAAAGCUUAUGGAAUAAAGAUCCGUUGACCAGCAUUUCCUACCAGAUAAAUUCCAAAUCUGCUUUAACUUGGCACCAGGCGAGGAAGAGCUGCCUGCAACAGAAUGCUGAACUCUUGAGCAUCACAGAGAUACAUGAGCAGACAUACCUGACAGGUUUAACCAGUUCCUUGACUUCAGGACUCUGGAUUGGACUGAACAGUCUGAGUUUCAACAGUGGAUGGCAGUGGAGCGGGGGCAGUCCGUUCCGAUAUUUAAACUGGUUACCAGGAAGUCCAUCAGCAGAACCAGGAAAAAGCUGUGUGUCACUAAAUCCCGGGAAAAGUGCUAAAUGGGAAAAUCUGCAAUGUGUUCAGAAACUAGGCUAUAUUUGUAAAAAGGGCAACACAACUUUGAAUUCUUUUGUGAUCCCCUCAGAAAGUGAUGUGCCUACCAACUGUCUAAGUCAGUGGUGGCCGUAUGCAGGUCACUGUUACAAGAUUUACAGAGAAGACAAGAAAAUCCAAAGAGAUGCCUUGAUUGCAUGUAGGAAGGAAGGUGGUGACCUAGCAAGUAUACACAGCAUCGAGGAAUUUGACUUCAUUAUCUCCCAGCUGGGCUAUGAGCCAAGUGAUGAGUUAUGGAUUGGCUUAAAUGACAUCAAGAUUCAAAUGUACUUUGAAUGGAGUGAUGGAGCCCCUGUAACAUUUACCAAAUGGCUUCGUGGAGAACCAAGUCAUGAAAACAAUAGGCAGGAAGACUGUGUGGUGAUGAAAGGCAAAGAUGGGUACUGGGCGGAUCGGGCCUGUGAACAGUCUCUUGGCUACAUCUGUAAGAUGAAAUCACAAGCCCAAACUCCAGGAAUAGUGGAAGUGGAAACAGGCUGCCGGAGAGGCUGGAAAAGACAUGGCUUCUACUGCUAUUUGAUUGGACACACACUUUCAACAUUUACAGAAGCAAACCAAACCUGUGUGAAUGAGAAGGCUUACCUAACAACUAUCGAAGACAGAUAUGAACAAGCCUUUCUGACUAGUUUGGUUGGAUUGAGGCCUGAAAGAUAUUUUUGGAUAGGACUUUCAGAUGUACAAAACAAAGGAACUUUUCAGUGGACCGUCGCGGAAGGGGUUCAGUUCACCCACUGGAAUUCAGAUAUGCCAGGACGGAAAGCCGGGUGUGUUGCCAUGAGAACUGGGGUUGCAGGGGGCUUGUGGGAUGUCUUGAGAUGUGAAGAAAAGGCAAAAUUUGUGUGCAAACACUGGGCAGAAGGAGUAACUCGCCCACCAGAGCCUACAACCACCCCGGAACCCAAAUGUCCAGAGGAUUGGGGCACCUCCAGUAAAACAAGCUUGUGUUUCAAGCUGUUUACAAAAGGAAAACAUGAGAAGAAAACAUGGUUUGAAUCUCGAGAUUUUUGUAGAGCUCUGGGUGGAGAUCUAGCUAGUAUCAAUAAUAAGGAAGAACAGCAAACAAUAUGGCGAUUAAUAACAGCUAGUGGAAGCUACCACGAACUGUUUUGGUUGGGACUGACAUAUGGAAGUCCUUCUGAGGGCUUUACUUGGAGUGAUGGAUCUCCUGUUUCAUAUGAAAAUUGGGCUUAUGGAGAACCUAAUAAUUAUCAAAAUGUUGAGUACUGUGGUGAGUUGAAAGGUGACCCUGGUAUGUCCUGGAACGAUAUUAACUGUGAACAUCUUAACAACUGGAUCUGCCACAUACGAAAAGGACAAACACCAAAGCCUGAGCCAACCCCAGCUCCUCAAGACAAUCCACCAGUCACUGACGAUGGGUGGGCUAUUUACAAAGACUACCAGUAUUAUUUUAGCAAAGAGAAGGAAACCAUGGACAAGGCACGAGAAUUUUGCAAGAGGAAUUUUGGUGAUCUUGUUUCUAUCCGAAGUGAAAGUGAAAAGAAGUUUCUAUGGAAAUAUGUAAACAGGAAUGAUGCACAGCCAGCAUAUUUUAUUGGUUUAUUGAUCAGCUUGGAUAAAAAGUUUACUUGGAUGGACGGAAGCAAAGUGGAUUAUGUGGCUUGGGCCACAGGUGAACCCAAUUUUGCAAAUGAUGAUGAAAACUGUGUAACCAUGUAUUCAAAUUCAGGGUUCUGGAAUGACAUUAACUGUGGUUCUCCAAAUGCCUUCAUUUGUCAACGCCAUAACAGUAGUAUCAAUGCCACGGCUUUCCCUACCACACCCUCGGUCCCAGGAGGUUGUAAGGAAGGUUGGAAUUUUUAUAAUUACAAGUGUUUCAAAAUCUUUGGAUUUGUUGAAGAAGAAAGAAAAAAUUGGCAAGAGGCACGAAAAGCUUGCAUAGGAUUUGGAGGAAAUCUGGCGUCCAUACACAAUGAAAAAGAGCAAGCAUUCCUUACAUAUCAUAUGAAAAACUCCACUUUUCACACCUGGACUGGGCUGAAUGAUGUCAAUUCAGAGCACACCUUCCUUUGGACGGAUGGCCGAGGAGUUCAUUACACAAACUGGGGGAAAGGUUACCCUGGUGGGAGAAGGAGCAGUCUUUCUUAUGAAGAUGCUGACUGUGUUCUUAUUAUCGGAGGGAAGUCAAGGGACGCAGGCAAAUGGAUGGACGACACGUGUGACAGUAAGCGGGGUUAUGUAUGCCAGGCGCUUCCCGACCCUUCCUUGCCUAGUUCUCCAACAGCAAUUCCAACAGAUGGCUUUAUCAAAUAUGGUGAAAGUAGCUAUUCACUCAUGAAAUUAAAGCUGCAGUGGCACGAAGCAGAUGAUUAUUGCAAGCUUCACACUUCCCUGAUUGCUAGCAUUCUAGAUCCCUAUAGUAAUGCAUUUGCAUGGAUGCAGAUGCAAACACUGAAUGAACCUGUGUGGAUCGCCCUGAACAGUAACUUGACCAAUAAUGAAUAUAUUUGGACCGAUAAAUGGAGGGUGAGAUACACUAAUUGGGCCACUGAUGAGCCCAGAGUGAAGUCAGCGUGUGUUUAUAUGGAUCUUGACGGCUAUUGGAAGACAGCACAUUGCAAUGAAAGUUUUUAUUUUCUCUGCAAAAGAUCAGACGAAAUCCCUGCCACUGAACCCCCACAGCUGCCUGGUAGAUGCCCCGAGUCAGAGCACACAGCGUGGAUUCCUUUCCAUGGUCACUGCUACUAUAUCGAGUCUUCAUAUACAAGGAACUGGGGCCAAGCUUCUCUGGAAUGUCUUCGAAUGGGUUCCUCUCUGGUUACCAUUGAAAGUGCUGCUGAGUCGAGUUUCCUGUCAUAUCGAGUUGAGCCACUUCAAAGCAAAGCCAACUUUUGGAUAGGAUUGUAUAGAAAUGUUGAAGGAAUGUGGCUAUGGAUAAACAACAACCCAGUCUCCUUUGUCAACUGGAAAACAGGAGAUCCCUCUGGUGAAAGAAAUGAUUGUGUCGCUUUAUAUGCAUCUUCUGGAUUUUGGAGUAAUAUUCACUGUUCUUCCUACAAAGGAUACAUUUGUAAAAGACCAAAAUUUGUUGAUGCUGAACCUACUCAUACAUUAAUUACAACAAAAGCUGACCCAAGGAAGAUGGGCCCUUCCAAACCAUCUUCCAAUGUGGCAGGAGUGGUAGUCAUCGUGGUCCUCCUGAUUAUAACGGGUGCUGGCUUCGCUGCGUAUUUCUUUUAUAAGAAAAGACGUGUGCAUUUCCCUCGAGAGGACACUUUUGAGAACACUCUCUAUUUUAAUAGUGGAUCGAGUCCAGGAACUAGUGAUACAAAAGAUCUCAUGGGCAACAUUGAACAGAAUGAACAUGCAGUCAUCUAGAAUCAUGGUGUGAUUUAGGUAUAUUUGAAUUUCAUAAGAUUAUAACUAAAAUGG